AUGUCCAGCAAGAAAAACAAGCGGCCAAAGUCGUCUAGCGUGGCGCCCGACUCAUCGAGCGAUCGCAAAACUAGCGUCUUUCCCAUAUUUUCACACGCUGACAUUCAGCAAGAGCGUUUCAACGAUCUUCAAGCCAAAGGCAAGGACAAAGGCACCUGGCCGUUUGUUGACAGCGAAGGCGACAACAUCCUCCCACCCACGCUCUUGCCGCGUGUUCAUGAAAAAAAGCGAGUCGCUGAGCUGGUUGCAACCCCUGAUACCAAUGCUCAUUUGUGCAUUGUCGCCUCGCGGCGCUUUGAACCGGUUGAGCGUGAGGUCAACUUGAGCUCGGACGAGCGCGUCUAUCUGAAGAAGCGCAAGCUCAAAGUUGCGCCCAAGCUAGAGCGGCCUCCCUCCGAUUCCACUUGUCACCAUGAGCGACCUUGGCAACUCAUCUACCCUCAUAUCGGCGGGAACAAGUUCGAGGUCAACACUGGAAGCAAAUAUGUCGUUCGCCUCUACGUUAUGGGAGCGUGGCGCAAAAUUGUCAUUGACGACAUGAUCCCAAUCACCGCAGAGGGCACUUGGCUGCUGCCGCAAAGCUCGCUGCCUGGUGAAAUCUGGCCAGCCCUUGUAUCCAAAGCAAUCUGCAAGGUCUUGAGCUACAGUUACACAACCCCUUCAGAGCAGCAAUCAGAGUUCGGAGAUGCUGACAUUUGGUCCCUUUUGACCGGCUGGAUGCCAGCCGAGCGACGACCCACCGUGGGCAGCGGGCAACCAAAGUUUUUGCAAUGGCUGAAUAUGCAGCGCCCUGCUUUACUGACGAUCCUAGCCGACGACGUGGUGCCAGACAGCCCGGAGGAUGUAUUUGAGGAACCGGUGGCCGAGCGCACCUCACCCGUUGGGCCUUUGCCUGCUCCCCCUGCCACUGAAGCCCGAGAACCGCGACGUGGGCGAAACUCAUCGCUUGGAGCCCCCUCUUUGCGCGGCUCGCGGCUUCCAUCAGCCAAGGGUGGCUCCCGUGUCUCCACCCCUGUUCGUGGCGAACGUGAUGGGAGCGCAUCAGCGCCUCAACGGACAGAGCCCCGUGGCACAUCGGCCCCGCCAGAGCCAGCGGUGGUACAGGGCUCAAAAGCGCCCACUUUGGCUCCGACCAAUCGUCGACAAAUCGUGGCCCAUAUCUUGCACCCGCAGCCUGCUGACAAGCGUGGCUCGUCCGUCGAAGUUGACCUUUUGGGAUGUGCCCCAAUAUCGGCACAACACGCCUGCGUGGACGAGGAUGAAUACAUGGCACCAGAAAACUGGAUCGUUGUUUUCGCCUCACCCUCUUACACCUGGACCGGGGCACUGGCAGCUAGUGCAGAUGCCGGUUGGAGCCCACGCGUGCAAGCUGCACUGGGCGUUACGCGUGAAAGGCUUUUGGCGGAGCAGGCAGCACGGGCCACUCCGCGGCCGGACGGGUUUUCGCACCCCCUCCUACCCCAGUUUAUGUUUGCCUCGGACUUUUUCAACCUUGCCACGCGUGUCCUAGUUUACGAAAAGCCGGCCAUAUGCACCAAAAGCGUGCUACUACAACAGUAUAAGGGCCAUGCUAGCGUGAUUCGCUCGGUGGACAAUGCAGACCCAGAGGCGCGCACCGACUUUGAGGAUAUGGACGUGCGUGCAGACCGGCCCUUUUACUUUCACUGCGACUCGCGAGAGGCCGUGACGCUCUUCAUGGUGGUUGCUGGCUCAGCUGCGGCUCCAGCCAUUCAACUUGCCGAGCGCCCGACGAGUGGCACUGAGAAUGCAAGCACAUCCUUGCAGCCGGACUAUCGUGUGGCCCAUCCCGUCGCCUUUUCUCUUUUGCCCUUUACACCCUACCGGAACACCGUCGAUGUCCAGGCCUUGGUCACGGUGCGCACUGCCACUCAAGCGGGUGUCAAGCUCCAGCUUCCACCCGGCCGCCAUCUGUGUCGCAUAAUAUUGCCGCGUCUCGCAGCGACUACUGCUGUGUUUUACUCGGACAAGACAAUCUCCAUAUUGCCGGAAACUGAUGCUUUGGCGCUUUACGAGAAGCCAUGCACACGCCUUCAGCAUGCUGCAGUCAACGUCGUGGAGGUGUUGGAUACGUUUUUGGAGCAUAAGCCAGACUCGGCCAUGGCGGACCACCGAAUGAUGUUUGUGCAGGCCGUUUUGCGUCCCAAAAUGCGCCACAUGCAGGAAAAAUUUGGUUGCUCUCUGGUCCACGUCGACCUAGCCAUUCAGAGUCUGUUGUGGACGCUGGAGGAAGCUCUUGGCGACAAGUGGGCAGGCUGUAAAGAAGGCUGGGAAGGGGCCGUUCGAAUUUUUGGCUCAAUGCUCUUCUCAUCAUUCCGCAGCAAGGGUCUCGUGGAUCGCCUCUCUCCUGCACGCCGUCAUACACCCAACGUGAUUGUUCGCGAUGACACGAGUUCGCUUGCCGACACUUCAGUUUCCUCUGGAACUGCACCGGAGUUCUGCCAGGAUGAAGCAGCACGGCUUAUACAGUGUGUAUAUCGAAGCUAUCGUGCUCGCAUUAAAUUGUGCGCUGCCUUGGACAACGAGCACAAACAAGCACUUGCAGCCGUGCACGCCACUUGGCAAGCACUUAAGACGAACAGCCUCGAGUUUGGCAUCACCUUGAUUCGUCGCUUUGAAGAACUCGCUCCCGAUGUGUCUCGCAGCUUACCGUUUUACCAUGAGGAAACGGAAUAUGCCAUGAAUAAGACUCUGACGGGUGAGGUCGAGGAAGAUCAUAGCAACGACUUUGUUGUUGUGCACCACCAGUGCUUCACGGUGAGCAUUCCAACCAAAGUGGCUCUACUCGGACACAUUGCCCACCUUGAACGCCACAAGCUGCCGAUGCACGGCUGGCCCAGUCUUGUCUGCGUACUCGUUGAUCAUGAGAAGCACCGCACGCUUGAAAUGGAGGGAGGCCGCCUUGUGACCAUGCUCCAGCCCAGCGAAGCUGGCUACUCUUUACUAGUUGGCGUCAAUGCCCGAGGUGUUACGGGCGCUGUCUCCUGGCGAUUGCGAGCCCUUUCCUCGGCUGAGUUGCCCUUGGACGUGGCCGCAACUGCAGCUCUUCGCGACGUGCGCGAAAAUGGCCCUUUCUUGACCAGUGAUCCACAGCUCUGCCAAUUGUUGGUGACCUUCCAGAGCCGUGAGCAAUGGUUUGCCAUGGACGCCUUUGUCCCUGCGUCAUCGCGCGCGCGGCUAGUUGUGGAAUGGCGCGCGCUUUCGGGUGCCGUCCUAGCCACAAUGUCCGAUGACGAUACAGCUUGUACUCGAGUUGUGACUGUUGCUUCCCUCUUGCCAACUGCGGACGUGCAAGAGCCCAAGGCCGGAGUUGCGGAAAGUAGACCCGCGUCUUCACGCCCCCUUCCCACCAAGCCACUCACCGUUGCCCUCAUCUUACGCAGUCCUGGCUUGCUGGACAACGCAACAGUAGCUGACGAGCGCGUGUCUUCUAAGCGCUCUGCCAAGUCUAGCUCUCGUAAAAAUGCAGCAGGCCCUCAAUGGCAGCUUCACUUUGCGUCCACCGAGAACAUUCAAUUUAAGACUGAUACCCGGCAAAACGAGGCCAUCCGCCAUGUCCUGCUCGGUUGGGAAACGGCAGCCCCCGGUCGUCAGAAGCUUGCACAGGAGGCCUAUGCUGCGCUAGAGACAACGGUUGACCCCAACAUUCUGGCGCAGCUUACGCCGCAACGGGCAGACGUAACCAAGCCCGUGAUUGGUGACAAGGAUUUGCUUGAGCGGGAUCUUGCCAAAGCUAAAAUGUGCAAGGAACACCAGGCUCGUCAGUCGGCUCUGGAUGCCGGCUUGAUAACUGAGCGCAGCAAUCGCGAUGCCAGCAAGGAGCACAUUGUCCUUGAUUUUGCCGCCAUGCGCGACACAAAUCGUCAGGCGCUGGUACAAGCAUCCAGCAUUUUGUCGCUUCACAAACAGCGCAUCGAGGCUCGGCGCAAAGCUGAGGCUGAAGCAUUGGCAGCCCAACAACCAGCCUCCGAACCUGACGCGGCCGCUACCAAGGAUAGCAAGUGUGUAUUUGUUUCGCCGCCGCAAACGCAUGACCUGACAUCCAGUUCUGAUCCUUUUUGGUGGCUCACAAUGGCUUUGCCCGUGUUUUGUAGAAAGAAAAAGGGCAAAUAA